AUGAAUUCCAAUACUUUAAGAAUAAGGGGAAGUGAAAAUAAAACUAGGGGUGGCAUUACAUUUGAUCCUGUAGUCAUAUCUGAACCAUCUUUUUUCAGUUUUUGUAAAAAUAAUGGAUGGAAAUUUUUUUCGGAAGCAAGUGCUGAAGACCAACUUAAGAUCUUAAAACAAGCUUUGGAUGGGUCUAAAAGUGAAUUUGAUGAAAGAACUGUACAUUUCCUUGUUAUUGUUUAUUUACAAGCAGAUACUAAACACCCAGCAAAAUGUAUGAUAUCAAGAUGUGUUACCAGAAACAAUUUUAUUAAAGAACAGUUUUCAGAGAUUCUUACACAAGAACUUAAGUGUCUCAUAAAGAAACAUAAUGAAAUAUGUAGAAUUGAUAGAAACAAUGAUAAAAGUUUUAAGGAUAUUGUCAGUAAAGUUGCAGCUUGUACUGAAAACUUUCCUACUGGUGCAGCUGCAGUUAAAAAUAUUGAAAUUAUGCUUGUGACAUACUUCAAAGAAUGCUUAUCACACUGUCUUAAAUCAUUAAGACAAGUGUUUCAUCCAUUGUCACCCACAGAAAAAAAUGAAAUUUACAACCUAGCUCAUUCAACUCUAAGACUCUUGUUGUAUAUUGUACAGAAAGUGAGCGAAAAUAAUAAACCAAGAUUGAUAUUGAUGUUCAAUGAUGUAAAAAUUCAUUUAAAAGAGGUUUUAUUUGACACAGAUGCUCCAAUGGACACCAAGUCAGUUUGUGGUAUCCUUUACAUUUCAAUGCAUAUGUUUGAAAAUAAUUCCAGUUCCUGGUUAGAUAUUUUAGAAUGUGACCAGAACUCACAUAUCCAGGAUAUCUUAUCAAAUGAGUCAGCAAAACUAAGUAUGUAUUCUGCGUUAGCUACAGUUGUUCCUAUGGACAAGUUACAGAUAGAAUUGUCUGAUGGCGAACCAGCUAUUAUUAGAUUAACUACUAAAAUAUUAGAUAUUGGUGAAAGAUGUUCCGCAGAGUCUACAUUUAUACUGGGCGUGACACGCACAAUAGUGCAAAUUUGCAAAUGUUUACAUAAAAUGGACACUCUUGGUCUUAAAUUGCUCGAUGGACUUUUCAUAUUCGUGUGGUCGCACUUGGAACACUACACGGAUAGUGUAAAGCAUUUAACUGCUCAAGCUUUGGCCCACAUUAUAAAAUAUUGCGCCAAAUUAGAAAAUACAGGCAAUAAAGAAGCCAUGGACAAGUUGUUCAUAACACUCACAUCCCUCGACAGGACCCGGAAGAGUUUCUACCUGAGUGUCACUGCCCUCUGUAACGAACUAGGAGCUGAGUAUGUAUUACAAAAGUGGCCGCAUAUUGUCACAGAGAUAUUGACUUUGCUAGACGUACAGGCUAUUCAAGCUAGUGCAACAACAUCCCUAGAAACACUGUUACAAAAGCACGCACAAAAGUGUAGUACACAGGAGAUUUGCACCGAGUGGGUCAAACCCAUAUUGAGUCAUGUGGCCCACAAUGCCUUGGACUCUUCAGUGUUAAAUAUAUUGGAAAAUUUACUAACUUUAGCCAUCAAAUGCGAUGAAAAUAUUAUGGACUAUAUUCUUCCCUACAUAAAAGAGUUCUGCGAGCAGAGUGGACGAAGCCAUUCAGAUAUAAAAUGUUUAUUGAUCCUCCUGUGCGUGGUGCGCCGGCGCGCCGCCCGCUGGAGGGACAUCGUGAGCUAUGAUGUCUUAAAGUUGGCAGCCAUCGACUCCAGUGAAGAGAAUCGAAUCUUAUCAAUAUCUCUUAUAGUGGAGUCGCCAAAGUCGACGGAGGGUUUUGUGGAUGGCGAACUAGACUUUAUCGUUUGGUUCGUGAACUACAACAUGAACGCACAGUCACCGCAUUUCAGACAACUUGUACUUUCUAUUAUGAAAAAGUUUCUAAAACGCUUAGAAAAUAGCUACAAAACUAUUAUAAAAGGUAACGAUCCGAAUAACCAGAUUAAUAAAGGCCAAUAUUACUUGACCUUUUUGGAAAAACUUCGGGAUACGUGUUUCGAGGGUCUUAUUAGAGGAGCCAACUUUAGCAGGCGUUACGUAGCCUUGCAAUUGCUGUCGUGGAUGGAAAAGCUGGAAAUGGACGGAUACAAUAGGAACUGGAAAGAGACGGAAGUAGACAUCCUUCUUUAUCAUUUGGGCGACAGCUACGAAUCGAACAAGGCCUUAGCGUUAGAGUUGCUGGAACAGUGCCCAACGGAAUUAUUUAAGAACAAAACCUUUAAAACAAGCUUGCAGUUAAGGGAUAUUUUGUUAGAAGCCUCCUCAGUGAAGCCGCCGGACUGCGUCACCGCGGUCUACAAGCUGAAACUGCUCAUGCGUAAAUUGCCCGAACAUAUUACUUGUGUUGAAGAUAGUUCGCACCCGAACAAAGUGAAGUUUGCAUUGGUAAACAUUUUGCUAGAGGAAGUGGAGAAGCAGGUGUCGGUGUGCGCGGGCAGCCUCGCGCGCGGCGCCCGCGGCGCGCCCAUGUACGGCGCGCUGCACUGCCUCGCGCGCUGCCUGCACGGGGAGCUGCGCUCUGACGGACUGCCGCCGACGGCGUGGAGCUCGCUGGCGGGCGCGCUGGUGCGCGCGUGCGCGGGCGCGGCGGGCAGCGCGCGCGCCGUGCUGAGCAGCGCCGCGCCGGAGGGCGCGCUGCCGGUGCACGCCCACGCUGCCAACGGG